AUGGUGUGGUACGAGGAGCGCACGCCUUCGAACUGGACGCUGCCGAGCCCGGCCAAGCGGUGCGACUACGUGGUGACCGAGGCAAAGUACCAGCUGCAGUCGCAGAGCCUCAACACCUUCUACCGCGGCGUGGCGUACCUCUUCUGGCACGACUUUCUGCACGGCAGCUGGGGCAACUACGACGUGCUCUCGCUGCUUCCAAGGUAUCGCCGCCACACGCUGCAGACGCUGCACAUCUCGCGCACCUCCUUCUGGACGUGGGUCUCUGGCGACCAGCACCUGUCCAACUUUGGCGCGUGGAGGAACCGGCACGACGACAUCGUGUACGGCGUCAACGACUUUGACGAGGCCGUGGUGUACGACUUCCACAUCGACGUGUGGCGGAUCGCGGUGUCGAUCAUCGAUCACGCAGAGUCGAAUGGGCUGUCGUCGGACGAGGGCGUCGAGGCGAUCCGCGCCUUUUGCCACACGUACGUCGCCACGAUGCGGGACUACGUCGGCAACGAGCGCGACAAGCAGCACGAGGUGCGGUAUGGCAACACCGACGGCAAGCUGGGCGAGUUCUUGGACAACGUCGGCGGGGCGGAGAAGGAGCACCAGAUGCUCAAGAAGUUUACAGAGGUGGUGGGCCACAGGCGGCGCUUCAAGAAGACUAAGAAGACGAGGCUGCUGCCGGCCAACGACGCAGUCUGGAAGCAGUUUAACGCCUCCUUCACGGUCGACGGGUACGGCGCGACGCUGCUCAAGGUUGGCUGGAAGGUGCGGGAGUGGGACGAGGGGACGUUCCACAUCCUCGACCUAGCGCAGCGCACGGGCUCGGGCGACGGGUCGUACGGCCUGCCUCGCUUCUACGUCCUGAUCGCCGGGCCGCAGGGCGGGCACGGGGAGGACUGCGCGGUCAUCCUCGACGUCAAGAUGAGCGUCCCUCCGGCCGCCUUCGAGUCGCUCGAGCCGCAGGACCGGUCGUGGUACAAUGCCCUCUACAGCAACGAGGCGGCGCGCGCGGUGGAGGCGCAGCGGCGCUUCACAUCGUACACCGACCCGUGGCUGGGCUGGGUCCAGAUCGGCGACAACUUCUACGUCGUGCGCGAGCGGUCGCCGUGGAAGGCCUCCUUCCCGCUCGACUCGCUGCAGAGCCUCGGCGACUUCAUCGCCUUUGCGCAGCAAGCGGCCGUGGCGACGGCGACGGCGCACUCGCGCGCGUCGUAUGGGAAGACGCCGGCGCAGAUCAAGGAGGUGGUCUCCACGGCGCUCGGCGCGUACGUCGCCACCGUCGCGUGGGCGCGCCGCGUGGCCGAGAUUGCAAUCUCGUACCACGGCCAGGUGGCCAAGGAGUACCCUCCUCCCUCCGAGACGACGGUGGAGUGCUGGGACGACGAUGACGGCGCGGAGAGCGAUGGGCCUGGCUGCGACCCGCUCGAUGACGACGCGAGGCGGCGAGCGUGGUGGAACGGGCUGUAG